AUGCUCACUGCGCCGCAAUCUCUCUCUCAUCCCUGUGGAAGCAGCAGCAGCAGCAAGACAGGCAAACUGCUGCAGCAGCAGCAGCAGCAGCAGCAGCAGCAGACCCAGCAGCAGCAGCAGCAGCAGCAGGACCUACAAGAUGCAGCAGCAGCAGCAGCAGCAGCAGCAGAAGCAUAUGAGCUGCUGGCGGAUCCGCGCCGUGUUGGUGACGUUGUACUCUCCCUAGAUAACCUACCACGCACUCUUGCUGCUGCUGCUGCUCCUCCUGCUGCUGCUGCUGCACCUGCUGCUGCUGCACCUGCUGCUGCUGCAGCGGCUGCUGCUGCACCUGCUGCUGCUGCAGCCGUUACUGCUGCUGCAGCCGUCAAGGUGACUCCGCAGCCAACGCAGUGGCAGCAGAAUAUGCAGCAGCAGCUGCAGCAGUACGACGAGCAGCAGCAGCAACAGCAGCAGCAGCAGCAGGCAGACGAAGAGCAGCAGCAGCAGCAGCAGCAGGAGGAGCUGCAGCAGCUGCAGCAGCAGCUGGAGGAGACCCCACACUGGUCGCUGUCUUCGGCUGCUGCGCUGCGGUGUUGGGAGUCUGAGGGUGCAUGCACUGUGCUGCUAGCAGACGCAGCAGCAAUAGGCAGCAGCAGCAGCAGCAGCAGCAGAAGCAGCAGCAGCAGCAGCAGCAGCAGUGUUGCUGUCUCUGCUUGCCGCUGGCUGCUAGGCGAAGGGGUGUCGCAUGUGCUGCUGCUGACGCCGCUGCUGCAGCUGCCUGCUGAGCUGAUGACGGAAGAGGGAGCUGCGUUGCUGCUGCAGCACGACACCCAGCAGCAGCAGCAGCAGCAGCAGCAGCAGCAGCAGCAGCAGCGGCGACGGGGAGGUAUUCUCCCUAUUCACUGCAGCUGUGCGUCAGAAGCUGCUGUUGCUGCUGCUCUGGAUGAGGCGCUGCUGCUGCUGCUGCCGCCGCUUCGUGCUGCAGUGUUUCUUGUCGAUGAAGAAGACUGCGAGCAGCAAACCAGCAGCAGCAGCAGCAGCAGCAGCAGCAGCAGCAGCAGCAGCAGCGGGAUAUAUUAUAUUGAGAGAGGAAGACAUGCAAACAACCUGCUGCAGCAGCUGCGUAUACACCCCAUCGGCAGCAGCCUCAGCUGCUGGGUUUCUAUUAGCUACAGAAGAGGGCCCGCAGCAGCACCAUCAGCAGCAGCAGCAACUGCUGCUGCUGCUGCUGCUGCAGCAACUGCUGCAGCUGCUGCUGCAGCUUGGGAUACGCCACUCAGACACGCGGCUCUUGCUGCUGCUGCUGCUGCUGCUGCUGCUAGGGGCCUCAGAGCUCGCGAGGUGUACAUACACCCCGCCGGAGAGCCUUGCUGCAGCAGCAGCAGCAGCAGCAGCAGCAGCAAAGAGUUGCUGCUAAACCCAAACCCAUCUCAUCUAGACACCUGCUGCAGCCUCGAUACCUUCACGCCCAUUGACAGCAGCAGCAGCAGCAGCAGCAGCAGCAGCAACAGCAGCAGCAGCAGCAGCAGCAGCAGCGUGACGAUGGAGAGUCUGGUGGUAUCAGUCUUAGCGAACGCACUGCUGCGGCAGCCACAGCAGCACCAUCACCAUCACCAGCAGCAGCAGCAGCACCAUCACCAGCAGCAGCACCAGCAGCACCAGCAGCAGGAGCAGCACCAUCACCAUCACCAGCAGCAGCAGCAGCAGCAGGAGCACCAUCACCAGCAGCAGCAGCAGCAGCACCAUCACCAUCAGCAGCAGGAGCAGCAGCAGGAGCAGCAGCAGCACCAUCGUCUUAGCGAACGCACUGCUGCGGCAGCCACAGCAGCACCAUCACCAUCACCAGCAGCAGCAGCAGCAGCAGCACCAUCACCAUCACCAGCAGCAGCAGCAGCAGCAGCAGCACCAUCACCAGCACCAUCACCAGCACCAUCACCAGCAGCAGCAGCAGCAGCAGGAGCAGCAGGAGCAGCAGGAGCAGCAGCAGCAGGAGGAGUGUAUGCACCAUCUACCCCCAAGCAGGAGCAGCAGCAGCAGCAGCAGGAGCAGCAGCAGCAGCAGCAGGAGCAGCAGCAGCAGCAGCAGGAGGAGUGUAUCCACGUGGAGCAUCGUUUGCCUCCAGCAGCAGCAGAAGACCUGUCUUUGCUGCUGCCUUUUGAGCGACAAAGAAGACAAAGAAGGAUAGGGAGCGAGGAAGAGAUAGAGAGGAUGCUGCUGCUGCUGCAGCAGCAGCAGCAGCAGCAGCAGCAGCACCAGCUAGCAGCAAAGCCAGCAGCAGAUGCAGCAGCAGAUGCAGCAGCAGAUGCAGCAGCAGGGCCAGCAGCAGGGCCAGCAGCAGAUGCAGCAGCAGAAUGA